GAAUGGGGCAGGGAAGAGGUUGAUAAAGUCCGAGUACAAAGUAUGAAAAAUUUUCGCUCGGAAUAUCAAACGUCGUAAUUUGAUAGAUAGAAAGAGAAAGAAAGAGAAAGAGAAAGAGAGAGAAAGAGAAAGAGAGAGAGAGAGAGGCUGGUCUGGAACACGAGGCCAUCACGCGGCAAACAACUGAAGAUAAUCAAUCGUUCGACCGUAGAACAUCAACGCUACCAAAGGACUAUUUUCUUCGAGAUUAAUAGAUGUUUCAUUUGGAUAUUAUUAUUGGAUAUUAUUAUCUAUCUGUUUGGAUAUGCGCGCGCACGGGUGUCAAAGUAUCUCUCCUCUCGAUUUCGUUUGAUCGUUAUUAUUGAGUAACAGUUCCGACAUCGAACAGAAAUCGCAACGUUUUCAUCGGUCACUGACGUAAGGAUACCGAUCAUAUAUUUGAUCUCGUCACGAUGUCUAAAUCGGGGAUUAAUGUACCGAUCAUGACUCGAUCGAAAAAAGAAGAAACGUUAAACGAUCCAAAAUUAUUGCUUAAUGAAGUAAAAAAUGAAGCUACAAGUAAAGCGAGCAUUGAGAAGGAAAAAGUUGAUGUGCCGGUUGUAAAACAACAAGUACAAUCGGCAAAGGAAAUUAUUAAAACUGAUGUGCAAGUUGAAAAGAGAACGUUGGAACAAUCGGUCGAGAAGAAAGUCGAGAAGAAAUUUGUUAUCGAGAAAUCCACGGACAAAGAUCGAUCAUCCUCAAAAAACGAUGAAUCUUUGAUCCUUGAAAAAAAUAAACCAAAAGAUCCACCUGCUUUGAAGAAAGAUGAAUCUUUGAUCGUCGAAAAAAAUAAACCAAAAGAAGAAAACCGAUCUGUUUUGAAGAAAGAUGAAUGUUCGAUUCUCGAAAAGAAUAAACCAAAAGAUGAAGUUUGCCCUGUUUUAAAGAAAGACGAAAUUGUGAAACCGGAAAAAAAUAAACCAAAAGAUGAAGUUUGCCCUUUUUUAAAGAAAGACGAAAUUGUGAAACCGGAAAAAAAUAAACCAAAAGAUGAAGUUUGCCCUGUUUUAAAGAAAGACGAAAUUGUGAAACCGGAAAAAAAUAAACCAAAAGAUGAAGUUUGCCCUGUUUUAAAGAAAGACGAAAUUGUGAAACCGGAAAAAAAUAAACCAAAAGAUGAAGUUUGCCCUGUUUUAAAGAAAGACGAAAUUGUGAAACCGGAAAAAAAUAAACCAAAAGAUGAAGUUUGCCCUGUUUUAAAGAAAGACGAAAUUGUGAAACCGGAAAAAAAUAAACCAAAAGAUGAAGUUUGCCCUGUUUUAAAGAAAGACGAAAUUGUGAAACCGGAAAAAAAUAAACCAAAAGAUGAAGUUUGCCCUGUUUUGAAGAAAGACGAAAUUGUGAUACCGGAAAAAAAUAAACCAAAAGAAGACAUGCGAUCUUCUUCGAAGAAAGAUGAAUUUGUCACUCUCGAAAAAAAUAAACCAAAAGAAGAAGUUCGAUUUUCUCCGAAGAAAGAUGAAUCUUUGCUCCACGAAAAAAAUAAACCAAAAGAAGAAAAUCCAUCUGCUUUGAAAAAAGAUGAAUCUUUGAUCCUUGAAAAAAAUAAACCAAAAGAAGAAGUAUUAUCUUCUUCGAAGAAAGAUGAAUUAGUAAUCGUCGAAAAAAAUGUACCUAAAGAAGAAGUCCGAUCGAUCCCGAAGAAAGAUGAAUAUUUUUUCCUUGAAACAAAUAAACCAAAAGAAGUUCGAUCUUCUACGAAGAAAGAUGAAUCGUCUGUUCUUGAAAAAAAUAUAGCAAAAGAAGAACUUCGAUCAUCUUUGAAGAAAGAUGAAACUUGUAUCCUCGAAAAAAAUAAACCAAAAGAAGAAGAUCGAUCUUCUUCGAAGAAAGAUGAAUCAUUGAUCCACCAAAAAAAUAUACCGAAAGGAGAAUUGCAAACUUCCUUGAAGAAAGAUGAAUCUUUGUCCCACGAAAAAAAUAAACCAAAGGAAGAAGUUCGAUCAUCCCCGAAGAAAGAUGAAUUUGUGAUCGUCGAGAAAAAUAAAUCAAAAGAAGAUGAUCGAUUUUCUCCGAAGAAAGAGGAAUUGUUUAUCGUCGAAAAAAAUAAAUCAUUUAAACCCUCGAACGUUGCUGUACCAAGAAUACGUCAACCCUAUAUGCCACCGAUAACCAAUGAAUCUCCAAUCGUAUUAUCUACACAUUUAGUACCGUCCUUACCAAUUUCUCUUUUCGAAUUAUUGGCCGAAGUUAUUGAAGUUGCAACAGAAAGGCCUGUUAAUAUUUUAUACGAGCCAAGAUCUAAUAGAAAAGUCCCAAAGAAUAUCACUGAUAUCGCCAUUUUGUCAGCCAAUGAAGAAUGGGAAGAUGGUGAACUUUUGCCAGUAUCUUUCAUAUUUAAACAUCGUCUGAAUAAGGAUAAUUCACCUUUGAUUUAUGCCGACGUUAUCAUUGCUUCAGAUCUCACACCUCAGGUUGAAGAUAUCAUUGAUAUGCGUGGACACAGAUGUGCUUUGCCUGAUAGGUCUAAAAAAGUAGGAGCUACAACACUAUUGUAUAAUUACUUGCAUUCUGUUGGAGAAGGUCCAGCUUUCUUCGGCAACACAUUAGAUGUCGAUUCACAAAUAGCUGUUUUACAAAUGGUCGCCGGUAAACAAGCUGAAGUAGGCGUUUUGGAAGCUCCUGUUAUUGUAUGUCAAAAGGAUACUUUGCCAGGCAUAGAAUCACUUCGUGUAGUUACAAGCUUGGGACCAUUACCGCCUUAUCGCAUUAUGGUUAAUAAAAAUAUAUCUGAUAAUCUUGUAAGGGAAUUAACGUCUUCUCUACUUAAUUGUAAUGAGGAUACAGAACGAUUGGAGAAACUAGCAUCUUUUGGAAUCUUAGGUUUUGCCAUUAAUUCCACAGAUUACUAUGAAUUUAGUGAUGUUAAGUCUGCCAUUAAAAGGGGACCGUAUUAUUGAAUUUAUCUCCCAUUUACAUUGUAUUAAAUAUGAUCUAUACCUUACUACAUUUAUCGUUGGAAAAAAAUAAACACGCAUAUAAAUUUUAUAUUAUAAAAUAAAUAUAACGUUAUAUUAUCAAGA